AUGGCCGCGAUAGCCAGGACAAUCUCCAAGCACCCGCCAGCAACCCCCGGACCUGUCGACCUUUUCGCGAUGCGGCCCGCCUUCUCGUCCGCCUCCCUUGCGGGCCUCGUUCUGUCCGCCACGGCUGCGGCGCUCGUGAGCCGCGACUGCGCGACGGGGCCCCUGCCCGCGCUGGGGUGGAACUCGUGGAACGAGUACGGCUGCGACAUCAACGCGACGGUGUUCCUGGACGCCGCGCGGCGCAUGGUGGACUACGGCCUGCGGGACCUGGGCUACGAGUACGUCAACAUCGACGACUGCUGGAGCGACAAGGCGCUGCGGCGGGACGCCGUCACCAGGGAGAUCGUCGUCGACGGGGCCAAGUUCCCGCGCGGGAUCAAGCACACUGUGGACCAGAUCCGCGCUAUGGGGCUCAAGGUCGGCAUCUACAGCGACGCGGGGACGUCUACCUGCGGCGGUUAUGAGGGUUCGUUAGGUUAUGAGGAGAUUGAUGCCGCCACGUUCGCGAAAUGGGGUAUUGACUACCUCAAGUACGGCAACUGCAACGUCCCCGAGGCGUGGUUCGACGACUGGAAGUACGUCCCCGAGCUCUGGCUCGGCGGGCCCCCAAACGAGAACCAGGACAACGGCCAACCGCUCAACUCCAAGACGGGCAAGCCCGCGCCCGCCGGGACCGCUCGAUCCAGUACUCCCUCUGCGCAUGGGGCCACGCGCACGUCGAGGCCUGGGGCAACGAGACGGGCCACAGCUGGCGCAUGUGGGGGGACAUCUACCCGGCGUGGGACGGCCUGCACCAAGGGUCAUGGGAGGCUGAUGCCGAUCCUGAACCACGCGGCGUUCUGGGGCGCAGGGAGCGGCGCCGGUUUCUGGGGCCGCGGCGACUGGGACAUGCUCGAGGUCGGCAACGGCGGGCUGACGCUCGAGGAGAACCGGAGCCACUUCGCCUUCUGGGCGGCGCUCAAGAGCCCGCUCAUCAUCGGCACGCGGCUCGACGGGAUCCGGCCCGAGGUGCUCGCGAUCCUGGCCAACCGGGAGCUCGUGCGGUUCAACCAGGACGCCGUGUUCGGCGGCGCCGCGCGGCCGUACAAGUGGGGCGCCAACCCGGACGGGGCGUGGAACGCGACGCACCCGGCCGAGUUCUGGUCCGGCGCGUCCGUCGAGGGGACGCACGUGUUCGUGCUCAACACGCUUGCGGGCGCGGCGGCCAAGACGGUCGCGUUCCGAGACGUGCCCGGGCUGCUGGAGGCAGGCCGGCGACGGCGGUACGUCGUGCACGACAUGUGGACGGCAGAGGAUGUCGGCGUGUUCGAGGACGAGUACACGGUUGAGCUGGCGGGCCACGACACAGCGGCGUUGCGGAUCAACGAGGUCAGGUGUGUCGAGAGGCCGGCGCGCACGUGA